CCUGCGCACCCAUGCUGCUGACGCUGGGCUGGGGCGCGCUCUUCUUCCCCGGGCUCUUCGCGCUCUGCACCUGGCUGCGCCGCGCGCUGCCCGAAUGGACCGACUCCGACUGCGCGAUGAUCAGCACCAGGCUGGUCUCUUCAGUGCAGGCUGUGUUGGCCACCGGCUCUGGGAUCGUCAUCGUCCGCUCCUGCAGCGACGUGAUCUCCGACAGGCACUGGCUUGCCCGAGAAUAUGUCUGGUUUUUGAUUCCAUACAUGAUCUAUGACUCCUAUGCCAUGUACCUCUGUGAAUGGUACCGAACCAGAGACCAGAACCGCAGAGACCCCCUCACUACUUUUCGAAACUUCCUAAGUAAAAAUCGCCUCAUGAUCACACACCAUGCGGUCAUUCUGUUUGUCCUUGUGCCAGUCACACAGAAGCUUAGGGGAGAACUGGGGGACUUCUUUGUUGGCUGCAUCUUCACAGCAGAACUGAGCACUCCAUUUGUGUCGCUGGGCAGAGUUCUGAUUCAGCUAAAGCAGCAGCAUACCCUCCUAUACAAGGUGAAUGGAAUCAUCACGUUGACCACCUUCCUUUCCUGUCGGAUCCUUCUUUUCCCCUUCAUGUACUGGUCUUAUGGCCAACAGCAGGGACUAAACCUGUUCCAAGUGCCAUUCCACAUCCCCUUCUUCUGCAAUGUGGCCAAUGCCUUCCUCAUCGCUCCCCAGAUCUACUGGUUCUCCCUGCUGUGCAAGAAGGCAAUGCGGCUCUUUGACAGUGCCCCGACCAAAAAGGAUGGUUAAUCGCUCCCAGGAGUCAGGAAGUGAGGGUGCCACCUCACAUUAGCUGCCUCCUCGCUCAGUAUUCUGUGGACCAAAUUGUGCCCUGGGUGGUGUCAGCCCUUUGAGUACUGGUUAGCAGAAGUGUUUGAGUUUUUCUAAUGAGUAUUAUAUUACCUCCCUCUUUGAACCUGCCCCUUUUGCAAAAGCACCUUUUUCUUAGUAGCAACUAUUGGAUCUUGUCAGACUUCAUCAGUAGCAUGGUGUUUUAAUACAAGGCUAAGUUUCUUUCUUUGGGAUUUAUCUCAAGCAUGGGGUAGAAGCAUGGGGUGUGGAAAAGGUGGACCUGGGUGAUAAGUGUCUGGGUACCCGCCUGGUCCUAUUAUCAGUGGCUCCCCACCUUUCCAACCACAUAGGGCAGUGUCCACAUCAACUAGGCCAGCAGUGAUAACUUGGUUCUUGAAAUAAUUUGUGAUAUUGGCCUGGGAAAGUCAUUGUGGGUAGUUUUUAUAUUGUUUACUAGACAACCCAUUGGUUCUUUGUCUCAUCCUGGUGCCAACAUUGAAUUCUCAUGUCAACCGAUUCCAAUCAGACGUCUCACUGCGGUUAAGAGGUAGGGAUGGGAGCCUGAGGCACUUGAGAAAGUAGGGAGGCAAAUAGGUCAGCACCUUUGCAGGCUUAUUUGGUAAGACCAGUGUCAGUCUUGUGACUUUGUCACAAAUAGCUUUCCUUUUUAGCAUGUCCCAUAUCCACUUGCACAGGGUACUCUCAUAAAACACUAUAGGGGUAAAGUGAAAUGGUGGCUCUGGUAACUAUUUACUGUAACUUCACCCUUCGACACUGUCCUUUUCAUGAGCUGGAAAUGGACUCCUGUACUCCAAACUGUGCGAUGUUGCAUCUAGGCUGCCUGAUAAACCAGAAAGAGUGGUCCAAAUCCUGUUCCUAUGUGGUUACAGCACCACUCACCACAGAAGUCUGGAAAGCAAGAGUGCAAGACAGCCCUGGCCAAAAUAAAUCCUGUGGACUGACUCUUUCACCCACCAUUUGCAAAUAGGAUCCUCUGGUGCCAACACUAAUUGUUCCUGAUCCACUCGGAUGGAUUUUAGAAACUGUGCUACCAUGAAGUUUUUCUCAAAUAGGAGCGAAAAAGUAAAAUUUAAAGUGCCUUUUAAUUCAUUGGACAUUUAAAGUACUGAAUUAUAUGUCUCAACUUUUGACUAUUUCAGUCGUAAUGGGUGCCAUUUAAAACACAUAAAGUGCUGUAAUUUUUUUUUUUUUACUGUUUUGUUUACUAUGUUUAUGUUAUAAAUCAUCCCUGUGGUGAUUAAACUGCACUAAAA